AGACUCCCUCCCUCCUCAGCGAGAACACACAGAGAAAAAGGACACUACUGUGGGGAGGCGAGACCGCGAGAGCAAACCCAGGGAGGGCGUCCGGCGGCCAUGGCCCUCGCCGCCAUCUUUCUCCUCGCCGCCUCCUUGCUUCUCCCCGCCUUAGCUGCCACACCUGCGCUGGCUCAAUCCCUGUCAUGCCCGCAAGGUUGGCAAAUCAGUCCUGAUCGGGUUAAAUGCUUCAUGCACAUAUCAAGCUCUCUUUCUUGGGAUGGAUCUGAAGCUCUCUGCCGUAACUUCAGUGGCCAUCUGGCCGCGCUAUCAUCAGUUCAGGACCUAAAUUUCGCAAAGUCUCUCUGUGGAGCUUCCUCCUCAGGGUGCUGGGUUGGAGGGCGUCGCUACAACACCAGUAGUAACACCACCAGUGUUGUUGGUUGGAAAUGGUCUGAUGAUUCGUCUUUUUGGAACCAGACUGUCUUUCCUGGUGAGCCAUCACAUGCUAAUUGCAACAGUACUCACUGCGGUCUAGCCACCAGCUACGAUAUAUGCACUUUGGUGACCAAUAAGCAUGCUGCACUUACUGGAAGGAAGUGUGGUGAGUCCCAUGGACUGAUUUGCAUGAUCAAUCAUGAUAGAUGCUACCAUGAUCACUGCCACAAGGAGUAUUUCAUAGUCCUCAUCGUUGUAAGUGGCUUGAUUCUAUCAACCACUCUAGCUGUUGUGGUUUGGCUACUUGUCUAUAGGCGAAGCAAGAAACGAAGAAGAUCGCGUGAAGCUUCCGGUACUUCAGCUACCGCAUUGGUGCCACCGCUAUGGAAGGUUUUCACUGGUGAGGAACUUAGAUCAAUCACAAAGAACUUCAGUGAGGGAAAUCGGCUUCCUGGCAAUGCAAAGACAGGUGGAACCUACAGUGGAAUCAUGCCAGAUGGAUCCAAAGUAGCAAUUAAGAGAUUAAAGAGAUCCAGCCUGCAAAGGAAAAAGGAUUUCUACUCUGAGAUAAGUAGAGUCGCAAAGCUUUAUCACCCUAAUUUGGUGGCUGUAAAAGGAUGUUGCUAUGAUCAUGGCGAUCGCUUCAUUGUGUAUGAGUUUGUCGCAAAUGGGCCGUUGGAUGUGUGGCUGCAUCAUAUUCCCAGAGGAGGGAGGAGCCUUGAUUGGGUAACAAGAAUGAGAGUUGCCACAACUCUUGCACAAGGGAUUGCAUUUUUGCAUGACAAGGUGAAGCCCCAGGUAGUCCACCGUGAUAUCCGUGCAAGUAAUGUUCUUCUUGAUGAGGAAUUUGGUUCCCAUCUGAUGGGGGUUGGCCUGUCCAAAUUUGUGCCAUGGGAAGUAAUGCACGAAAGGACCGUGAAGGCUGCUACCUACGGAUACCUUGCUCCAGAGUUCAUUUACAGGAAUGAAUUGACAACAAAGAGCGAUGUCUAUAGCUUCGGUGUGCUGCUUCUAGAAAUUAUCAGUGGUCGUCGGCCAGCACAGUCUGUUGAAUCUGUGGGAUGGCAGACCAUAUUUGAAUGGGCAACGCCUCUAGUCCAAUCACAUCGGUAUCUAGAGCUGCUAGACCCGCUCAUUAAUGACUUACCAGAGGUAGGGGUGAUCCAGAAGGUUGUCGACCUUGUCUAUUCCUGCACCCAGCAUGUCCCCUCAGUGCGGCCAAGGAUGUCUCAUGUUGUCCAUCAACUACAGCAGCUUGAGCUAAAGUCAGCAGCAUCUGAGCAACUGAGAAGCGGGACCAGUACCAGCGCGACAUCUCCGAUGCUACCAUUGGAGGUACGAACACCUCGGUGAAAUCAUCAACCAGAAGUCAAGAAAAAUUGCUGCUGUUCUUCUCAUCAUGCCGCUAGGUAGCACAUUCCUUAAAGUGUGGAGUGAUCCAAGAGCCUGUUGUAACCGUAAGAGACAACUUCCUUUUGAGCAAGUAAUUAGGGAGAGAAGUAGGGCCCUGAAGGCCUAAACCCUUGUAGUAUCAUUAUCAUUACCCAUCUGUACUCCCGCUGAUAUCUACUUUAGAUAUUAAUAUGUCGGAGUCUAGUAAGCAACAUUGUUCAUUGUCUGUACUCUGUAGAAGCAGCUUAAUUAUCUAUAUAAUAUCUGAGUGUUGUUUUCA